AUGCUCACCUCAGGAGUCAGAACGCAUCUGCUGAACCAGCGUCACACGCCACCCCCGUGUCACCCUCUGCUGACGUCACACGCCACCCCCGUGUCACCCUCUGCUGACCCAAUUCCAGGGUGGCGGGACGGCCCACCUCGAUGCACCACCCAUCCACCCCCCAUUCUCCCUCCCACCAUUCCUCGAUCUCCUGCCAUUCCUCGAUCUCCCACCAUUCCUCGAUCUCCCACCAUUCCUCGAUCUCCCACCAUUCCCCGCCCUCCCAUGCAGCCUCAUGUGAUUGCCAUGGCACAUCCCCCCGCCGCCCUCCCCAGUCCUCCCAUCCCACCCUCCCCUUUCAUCCCCACCACCCUCCCCUAUCCUCCCCACCACCCUCCCCUAUCCUCCCCACCACCCUCCCCUAUCCUCCCCACCACCCUCCCCUAUCCUCCCCACCACCCUCCCCUAUCCUCCCCACCACCCUCCCCUAUCCUCCCCACCACCCUCCCCUAUCCUCCCCACCACCCUCCCCUAUCCUCCCCACCACCCUCCCCUUUCCUCCCCACCACCCUCCCCUAUCCUCCCCACCCCACCACCCUCCCCUAUCCUCCCCACCACCCUCCCCUAUCCUCCCCACCCCACCACCCUCCCCUAUCCUCCCCACCACCCUCCCCUAUCCUCCCCACCACCCUCCCCUAUCCUCCCCACCCCACCACCCUCCCCUAUCCUCCCCACCACCCUCCCCUAUCCUCCCCACCCCACCACCCUCCCCUAUCCUCCCCACCGCCUUCCCCAGUUCCCCCAACCCUCCGCCCCUCACUCACAGUGCAGGGAGGCCAAGCAGUCGUGGGUGAGACUCAAGCAGUCGUGGGUGGGACUCAAGCAGUCGUGGGUGGGACUCAAGCAGUCGUGGGUGUGACUCAAGCAGUCGUGGGUGGGACUCAAGCAGUCGUGGGUGGGACUCAAGCAGUCGUGGGUGGGACUGGUUCAAGCAGUACCAGCAAGCAAUCCACUCCACUCGUCGGGUGCCAUGCAUUCUACACACUGGCUGCAGCGUAUGGAAAGUAA